CAGGUGUCUCCCGCCUCUCCCGGCGCGCUUCCGCUCCCUCCGCAGUUCCCGCUCUUACUGGCGCGUCCGUAGUAACGCUCGGGGGGCGGGGCCACGGUUGGAGAGGUGAGUGAGCCGCUGGCCCGGGCAUGGCGGGGGAAGCUGAGAAGCCGCUGGGAACGGAGGAACCUACCCUAAUUGCCACCACUCCUCCAGUUUCACGGUUUUAUCUCCUUGAGGAAGACGUGAGUCAGAGCAGCAGCCCUGGAACCCAGAUCUCCAGCGCCAGCGGCAUCUCUCUGGGGGAAGCCAUCCGGCAGUCUGCCAGUAAGGGUAUGGAGUCCUGGUACCAGCUGCCAGCAGAGGAGGAUGCCAGUAGCAUUAUGCCGCCACUUAGUGAGACAGGGGCUCUUGCCGAGCAGACGGAGUUCCCUACAUUAGAGGAAGGAACGUUACAUUCAGAACCAGAUGAGACAAAGGGACAUGCUUUGGGCCUCGUGCACUCAAUACAAUUUGAGACCCAGGACAGCCGCCUUUCUCCUUGUCUCCCACUUCUGAUUUCCACCUCCACUCAGGGACACAAGCUGUUUGAUGAGACACUGUACCAGCAAACUGAACUGGAUUUUGCACCUUUGAGUGGUUCACUUGAUAUCUCUGAAUUUCCUGGCCAUACAACAAAGUCUCUGCUAAUAAGCGAUGCAGUAACACUGACAGCCAAGGAAGUUUCACUAGACGUGGCUGGUGAGAACGUCACGCUGACCCAGAAUCCUCUCCCUCUUAGCCCUGAGGAAGACCAUGAAACCACAAACCUGCACUAUCUAUCACAGCACCCGCUGCCUUCUACCCAAAAAGAUUUUGACUUUGCUCAUUUGGCUCCCACUAUUUCUGAUACAGACAAGACAAUAUCUGAAACCUUGCAAGCAGCCCCCCACGAUGAGCAAUAUGCUUCUCCCAUAGAGAAUUUGGACAUGGUAUUUAGCCAAGAAGAUGGUUCUUUCCUGGAUAGCAGUGUGCCAGCUCCUGUGUUGCUGGAGCUUCUAGAGAAGGAGGUUGGCAUAUCUGGAAGCAGUGAGGUAUCUUCUACAAGUAGCUCUUCUGAGAAUGUCUCAAACAAAAAAGAUCUACACUCAGAGGAGCAAACAUACAAUAGAUCACAAAUGCAAGGGCUAGAUGGCCCAGGGAAAACAUCAGACCAAUAUCUCCUAGAAGGUGAAACCUUUCGAGAUUCCAGUGAAAUAGAUUUUAAUGCAGAAUCCUUUGAAAGUGCUGAAAGCCUACAUGCCAGUAGGCCGAACAGGUCCCACCAUUCUGGAAUAACUGUACGACUAGCUAAGGGGCCACCUUCUGUACCAGGUAACAAUGAUCUUCACAAAGAGCUCUGCGCCGAAAUCCAGCAACGGUACAGAGACAGAAUGUUACGGAGAUCAGCUGAGGGUUUAAAUGAAAAGGAUACGUCUUCUCUGACGGAAGCUUUUACAGAUCCAAACAGUGGGAAGGAUGACACUGUAGUGGAAGUGCAUUCAAGCAUGGCCCGGGAUGAGCUGACUAUUUCCUCUCGCUGUAGCAUAGAGAGGGGACACAAAGAUUCUGAGAUAUCACCAGCUGUAAACCCAACAGCAGAGGACAACUCAUUUAUUGGUCGUCUGGCUUAUCCCAUCUCUCAGUCCACUCCUGGAACCUUUACUGGGAAAUCUGGCAAAAACCAGCUCACUGGCAGACUGAUGCAAAUUAAGGCCAAACUUACAGGGUCUAACAUGUCUUUAAAUGAGGAACCCCUUAGUAAUGCCUCUACAGAACCGGUAUUCAAAAAGCCGCAAUCUUUACAGAGUAGCCGGGGUUAUGCCGAGAGCAGUGAUUCUCAAACAUCCCAGUCCCCAGACAGGAGGAGAAUCCAGUCACUCCCAAGUCUUAAUUACAUUGAAAAAGUUGGGGCUUGGAACACCAACCAGUCCUUUGAUGCCUUAGUUCUCCGUGGCUUGACAGGAAUAUCACCGAAAAAGAAAGCCUAUAACGCAGUGGCGGAUUCCUUAAACCGUAUGCUGUCCAAGCAGUCAGAUAGCGCUUUGCCAAAGAGCGGGCUUUCUGCCAUGUCUAGGGGAACAGGGUCUAUGAACAACUUGAAUGCCACUAAGACUGAUCCUUCUGGCACCCCUCAACUUAUAAGGUCCCAGUCUUGCACUACUGUGCCAAUGGGAAGCACAGAAAGAGCAGACGCCAAUACACAAGGUGAAGUGGUUAUACCCGUGAGUGAGUCACAUGAUGUACAGAGAGUUGAUAAGGUGCUUCCUAUGGAUUACAAUUUUUCAGAUCAUCUUCCCAGAAAAGAGCAGCCUGUUGAUUAUAAGGAGGCGAUUGACAUGUCAGGCAGCAGUCAAGAAAUCGCCUCUCAAACACAGCAGCCAAAAGCAGAUGUUGGUAGCAGCACCGUGGCAAUGGACCGCUUUAGUGAUGUGUCUCCUGAUAACGAACUGUUAAGUAGUUCAUGUUCGAGUGGGCACACAAACCAGAUGCAUUCACUGACAAGUUUAGAAGUAGACAAUUAUGUCCCUCUUUGGGCGGCGUCACCAGAGGAGGUGAAAGAGAUCAACAUUGAAGAAAGGAUACCGACUUAUCUCCGCAACCUUGGCAUAGACCAGUCACCCACUACCAUACUAACACCCUUUGCACCAAAAGGACCAAUUAGGGAGCCUGAGUUUUCACCUUCAGAAUUGAGGACAAUAAAGGGGUCAACUGCCACACCGAACAGAAGCAUGCGUUUUUCUGAAGGAGGCUCUCAGAGUGCAGCUGACGUCUCUCAAUCCAGCCUCUAUUCCACUGCAUCUACCACAAGUGUGUCGAUACCCAUGGGUUCUGAUGCUGGCCGGGAUUCUCCUCUGCAAACUGAAAUGUUGUCCCAGUUUAGCUCUAGCUCUACUAGGGAUAGACCAAUUAGCCAGUGUGAUAUGGCCACGCGCUUUGGAGAAGACAAUGAGACUCUUUUGCCUGGUCUGAAAUCAGAAAAAGUAGAAACGGGUAUAUUGGGCCAUGAGUUUCAGUCUGUGGAAAUCAGUGCAGUUCCACCUUUAUCCAUGGAACUCCAAUGUAACAUGGAAAGCACUGAGGCAUCAAAUAGAGUUAAACAGCUCAUUGAUCACUUUGAAUGUAAAACUAUUAGUCCGGACCAGCAUGUCUCCAGUACGUCUGAUGUUGAAGCUACUGAUUUCUUUGGCCUGGCAUCAGUAUCUGGGAUCCCUCUGCAGAAGCCAGCCAUGGAAGAUUCAUUCAGCUCAGGGUCAGUAUCUGGGAUCCCUUUGCAGAAGCCAGCCAUGGCCGAUUCAUUCAGCUUGGCAUCAGUAUCUGGGAUCCCUUUGCAGAAGCAAGCCUUGGCAGAUUCAUUCAGCUUGGCAUCAGUAUCUGGGAUCCCUUUGCAGAAGCCAGCCUUGGCAGAUUCAUUCAGCUUGGCAUCAGUAUCUGGGAUCCCUUUGCAGAAGCCAGCCUUGGCAGAUUCAUUCAGCUCGGCAUCAGUAUCUGGGAUCCCUUUGCAGAAGCCAUUCUUGGCAGAUUCAUUCAGCUCAGUGUCAGUAUCUGGGAUCCCUUUGCAGAAGCCAGCCAUGGCCGAUUCAUUCAGCUCGGUGUCAGUAUCUGGGAUCCCUUUGCAGAAGCCAGCCAUGGCCGAUUCAUUCAGCUCGGUGUCAGUAUCUGGGAUCCCUUUGCAGAAGCCAGCCAUGGCCGAUUCAUUCAGCUCGGUGUCAGUAUCUGGGAUCCCUUUGCAGAAGCCCGCCAUGGCAGAUUCAUUCAGCUCGAUGUCUGUAUCUGGGAUCCCUUUGCAGAAGCCGGCCUUGGAUUCUGUAAAUGAUUCUUUUGUUGGUUCAAAGACUCUGAAGGAGAUACGCAAACUGCUGGCAGAAGCUGAAACUGUUGGUUUUGAUGAGUCAGCUCAUGGCUACUCAUUCUCUUCUCGGGUUAAAGACAUUUCUAGCUCUUCUUUACCAAUGUGGCUGAAAACCAGUGACUCCGUAGCUCCUACUGCUGGGAAUAGCAGAUUUACCAGCCUGGGAGACGGUCAAUUGCCAGAGAUAUCAUGGGAUGCCUCUCUAAGCAGCAGCCUAACGUAUGACAACUUGCAAAUGAAAGAUUCCCCAGUAAAAGUGGGUUGGGAUGAUUCUCUAGCCAGCACUGACAAAUUUAAAGAUAGCACAGAUUUGGAAAAAGAAUUAGAAGGCCAAAACCAACCCAUUCCACAGUUUAAACAAGAGAAGCUGUUUGAGAGAGCUGAGCCUGAAGGCUUUAGUGAAGUGAUGGCUGUUAAUAAGGUGACAUUUUACGCUCCCUUUCGAGAUGGUAGGAGAAGUGAUAUAGUCAAUACCAUUUCUGAAGCCACUGAGUGCACCUCAGGCCAUCUCCAUAGCAUUACAAGUGCUGUACGGGGUUUGGAGCAAGCACAGGUCGUGACUGGUCUAUCCUAUGGACGACUGUCCGAGAAAGCGACAGAAAGUGAUGACAGCAGCGCUGACUCUUUGGCUGGUCGAGUGAAAAGUCUGCUGAAGAAAGAUGCACCAUUAAUGCACACAGCACAGACAGGGACAAGUACCGAUGGGAAGGAGGCAAAAACACGUGCUUCCAUGCAGCUGAAACUGGCCAAUUGUUCUUCCAUUACGGAGACAAUUCUAAAUGAUGAGGACAGGAGACGAAUAGAAGAGAUUAAGAGAGAGUUAAUAGAGGGGGCAAAGGAAUCACAGCUGGGACAGAAUCCAUGUUGUGCCAAUGCUGACAGGAUGUCUGACCACUGGAGGAAGUCGGAACCUUUUCGUUUACACAUGACUCCGUCACCUGACCUCGGUCAGUCCAGUCCUAGAAUGCACCCUAAGUUGCUCGAGAGAGCUCCGGAACAGUUGGCACCUCUAACAACUGCAGAAACAUUCAACAAAGAGAAUGCUCACACCUACGUGAAAGAGGAGUCUCGCCUGUUGGAAGAGGCCUUUGUGCCCCAGACAUUGAAGUUGACAGAUUUGGAUUUCAGAGAAGCUUCCGGCACAAAGAGGGAACUGAGCCAACAGGGGGCUCCUGCUCAUCCACCACUGAGUGGAGAAUCCUCCAAGCCAGUUACAUCCAUUACCUUUUCAUCACGCAAACGCAGCUCUCCUCUUUCCCUUUCCUCCAGUUCCGAAAGGACGUGUCCUGCAGAAACUUCUCCCGCUGUGCGGCCACGCAGCCAUGAUGGGUCUGAUCCCAACAAACUGAUCCUCAGUGCACCAGCUAAGUCUCUUUCUGUAUCAGACACACCUGUAGUGGCUCCUCAGGAUACUCCGGCCUCCCAUCUGGCUACUGAAUACCGACAUUGGCAACACAGUCCCACUCCUGAUUCAUCCGAAUGCAGCCUUCAUGCUCACAACAGUUUUGCACUAUGUAACCUGACUUGCACUGAUAAUGAGGGCAGCAUUACCUCUCUGGCACCACAAAUCUCUCCUUAUAGCCACCCUGACUUCCAUGAAGAUGUUCCUCUAACCGUUGGCUUAGAUCAGAGCUUCCAUUCAGAACACAGUUCAUAUCGCACAGAGGGGAUUGAUGGAAGAGCCCAUUCCUCCCCAGAGCCCUGUAUGCCAGCCAGCCACCCUGCUGCUGCUUCUCCAGCUAGAAAAGCCAUAUCGUGUGUUCAUGUUCAAAUCUCCCCCAAACAGGAGGACUCCAAGAAACUCGACUUUGACCCAAAGCUCCUGAGUGGCUCUGCAUGUGUUAAUAAUGUGGCCAAGCUGCAGGCAGAGGAACCUGAUCUGUCCCCAUCACGUGCUGCAAACUUGCCAGGGAAGGAGGGGGCAUUAAUAAAACAAGAUCUUGCUGAUGAAAAACUGACAUUAUCUUCCCUCCAUUUGCACACAAAGCCAAGUGACAGUGGCAUUCGCCCACCUGUAAGUUCCCUAUCUACGCCAGAGAGUGCAGCAUCUGUGGUGCUCGGCCGCAUUCCCUUACAUGAUGCAACGACGCAGAUAACCACGGAGAGCCCAGCCAAAACAACCUUCUCUGCUGAGAUAUUUAUUGACAGUAGAGAAAAGGAUAUAAUAUCCAGGUCUCCAGAUGUAACAGCCAACACCACUCCAGAGAGGCAGCCUUUAUACCAUGCCCGACUCUCCCCAGCCACUGAUCAACCUUUGCUCGUGCCAUACAGACCUCAUGGGAGCCCUGAGUUGUUCUAUGUUCCCUACACUGAUGGGUUAUCCAGGAUCUCUCCUGUCAGCACCAUAGAGAGCUCCCACACAGGCUCCAAUGAUGCAGUUUCACCCAAAUUUCCUGUGGAAGUGCUGGGCUCAGGCACGGAUAGUCUGUCUGAUUCGGCAAUGGUCCGGCAUAAAGAAGGCAUAUACAGCAAAGGCUCUAGCCCCAAGCUGGCCUGGGAAGCAAGCACAGCACCACAUAAAGGAAAUUCCUCAGAGACUUUGCCAACAAUAUCGGCUGUACGACAUACGCUGGAGAAAGAGCCAGAGCAUCAGAUGGGUUCCGAUACUAAACCUCCCCGUACUGCUCUUACACAAGGAAACUUUCAAUAUGAACGUGAUUCCAGAUUAGAUAAUCAGAGGGAAAGGCCUUCCCUUCUCUCCAGCCACACUGAGGAUAAUGAAUUCUUCCCCUUAACGCCAGAAAUAGAUUUCAACAGGGACCAGCGACGUGAUGGCAGCCCAAGCCUGAGGUGGAACAGUCCAGCUGAAGGUUCUUUGCUAAGAAAUGCUAAAACUAUUUCUUUUCCUUUUUCAAAAAGUUCUCCCAGCCUUAAAGUCACUGGGAGUAGCCCACUGCCUGGAAAGGUCUCUCCAACUUCACUUGGUGGCAGGUCUGUCACCAAUGGAAGAAACGGUGAGAAUUCCUAUACCAAUGGCCGCUACAUGUCUGUGACUCGGGAGUCUGAUGGCCAUAAGCGGUUGCACAAGUCCCAGGCCACUCUGGAUCAGAGCUCUGUCUCCCAACAGAGUCUGGAUGAUCUAUGGGCUCGUUAUACAAAUAGGAAAAAGCUUCAGCAGUCGGAAUCCAAGAGCAAUCAUGAGCUUUCACUGGUGGAGAGGCUAGAUCGCCUAGCCAGGCUCCUUCACAAUUCCUCUUCCCACUCACCACUCUCGGCAAAGGACGAACCACUUGCUGACCUAGAGCAAAGCAAGAACCAUGUGAAAGAGAGAAGCUGGGAGGGCAGUGGCCAUAAAGGAGAAAGAUGGUAUGACAAGAAGCUCUCAGGAACAGGCCUUCAUGUAGGGGGCAGAUAUUCGCUAGAUGAGAUAGACAUUACUAGUCAUGCUGAUGAGAGCUCUGUAGGCUCAGACUUGUACCCACUGCUCCAAAGCGCCAAAUCCGACAGCGCCCCCUCUGAAACAGGAACGGCUACACAAACAGGCAGCGAGGUGACUACACAGACAUUAGAAUCCAGCUCCACUCUAAAGACGGUAUCCAGCUCUGCUUCUACCAUAGACACCAUACGCCUUAUUAACGCCUUCGGUCCUGAAAGGGUCUGUCCAUCGUCCCGGCUCUCCCGCUUGUACAGCGCCAUUGACCUUCAGAAGAGACGCUCGGAAGAAAGCACAGGCAAGCCCAGCAGGAACCCUGCCGCCAGAAUAGACACGGGGGGACUUCACAGAAGCUUAAAUAAGACCCCAGAAUCCGUAUCUUCUGCCUCCACGUCUGACAGCUCUUGGCAACCAAGACCAGCCCUCAAAAGCAAAAGGAGCAACAAGUACUUAAACAAAGGUGUUCAGGCAGGAAAUCUGGAAAUAGUAAAUAGUGCUACUAAGAAAAACACAAGGGAUGUUGGCACAGUUUUUCCUUCGCCAAGAGGAGACCCCCAUAAACCACUUACCCAGGGGCACGGACAGAAGGAAGAGCGCUUCUGGGACAGCAGUGUCUUUACUCAGCGAGGUGGGAGGAGCAAGCAGGUCGCAGCACAAGGGCUGAGUUGGUUUGUUCCAACUGAGGACUUGAAAUCGGACUCAAGAAAGGAGAAUAGGUCUGACAUGAAGAAAGGCCCCAGUGUAAGUUGGUACGAGCCUCUGACCAAUACAAAGCCCUGGAGGGAACCUCUGCGAGAGAAGAACGUGGAGGAAGUCCGUGACCAGCUAAAUAAAUCCCACUUGGAUCCCCCUGAGAACAAGGCACUGAAGCCAUUUGUCAAAGUUACUCUGCAGGAAUCUCUGAAGACUCACCGACCCGAUUUCAUAUUCCGCUCCGGGGAGAGGGUGAAGCGCUUGCACCUUAUAGCCGAGGAGCGCAAACUGCAGACUGUUUUCCAGAGUGAAAGAGAGAAACUAUUCAACCAACCGGCAAAAGCAGGCGAGUGGGAGACAGCGCAGCAGCAGCUGCAAGACUACAGGUUAAACCAGAAGAACAGAAUGAUCCCUAAGAAAGAAAUGGUCCAGCACUCCAAAAGGAUUUAUGAGCAGCUCCCAGAAGUGAAGAAAAGACGAGAGGCAGAGAAGAGGAGACAGGAGUACGAAUCCUAUCGACUGAAGGCUCAGCUCUUUCAGAAGAAAGUCACAAACCAUGUGCUGGGAAGGAAAACCCCCUGGAACUGAUGGAAGCAGCUGCCUUAUAAAUGUUUCUUGCCCUCCCCUUAUAGCCAGUAAAAAACUCCCUCUGACUGCAGUCUCUGCACUUGUUCUUGGCAUUUUAUGUGAUGUGUUUUCCACCCUAUUUAUUAUUGUCUUUUUACUCACUGUGUGUUUGUGUGUAAAUACAUGUGAUGAGCUCUAUUUUCUAUAUAUUUAUAAGAGGAGAAGUAAUUUAUUUUUUAGUUUUCUACCUGCAGCGACAGAAUUAGGCUGAUAUAAUAAUAAUAAUGUGAUUUGCUGAAUAAACUAAUGGUUUCUGCCUGU